AUGGACAGCAGGGGGGAGAUGGAGGUGGUGAGGAGCACCAAGGGCAGUGCUACUGGGGAGGUCAGUGUCCACGUGGUCAGCACCGAGAGCACUGUGCAAAGCACCCACCUGCCCACCACUGCCUUCAUCAUCCCAGCAAGCACCACUGCCAUCAACCUUCCCACGAGCACCUUAGAAAUCCAGCGAUUCCCCCGGGAGUCCCAGAGAAGCACAGGGGCUGAGAAGCCAGAGAGGGGAACAGGGAAUGAGCCCGUCACAGCUGCUGUCAUUCCGCAGAUCAGUGGGGUGCAGACCUGCAGCACAGUCCGUGUGCUGGAGUGGAAAGAUGGGGUGGCAACUUUGCCUGGGAGUAACCUGCGGUUCCGGAUUAAUGAGUACGGGACACUGAAGGUGGUGAGUGCUGAUAAGAUGCCUACUGUGGAAGCUGUAAAGGAGGGUCACAUGGAGAAAGAUGGAGACUCUGAGGUGGCACCCCCCAGCAGAGACAAUCCUACUGUGGCUCAGGACGUGGUGGAGCAGCCCACGCUGCCGGCAGCAGAAGGGCUGUGCCACUGUGACACCUGUGGCCGCAGACACGUGUGGGAUGGGGCCCGGGAAGGCAGGGGCUUCUGCAGCGAGCACUGCCACCAGCAGUUCAAAGAGAGGUCUGUCAUCGUGGAAAACUCUGCCAGCACCACCAAUGCCACUGAAAUCCUCAAGCCUGUGAAGAAACGAAAGAGGAAGGACUAUCAGAGCCCCUCGGAGGAAGAAUAUGAAUCCGAGCAAAUGGAGGAAAAGCAGGAAGAGAGGAAAAGCUCUGUGGAAGAUUCUGCCAUGAGCAAUCUGGAGGCUGAGGCAUGGAACGGGAGCCAGCAUGGUACGGAGGGCGGGGGUGCCAGUGAGGAGAAGAAAGAAGGCUGGUCUUGGGCAUCCUACUUGGAGGAGCAGAAAGCUGUCGCUGCCCCUUUAGAUCUCUUCCAGGAUUACCAAGUAGCUUCCCAGCACAAGAAUGGUUUUAAAGUGGGGAUGAAGCUGGAGGGGAUCGACCCGCAGCACCCAUCCAUGUACUUCAUCCUGACAGUGGCUGAGGUGUGUGGUUACCGGAUGCGUCUCCACUUUGAUGGCUACUCUGAGUGCCACGACUUCUGGCUGAAUGCUGACUCCCCUGACAUCCACCCUGCUGGCUGGUUUGAGGAGACAGGACACAAACUCCAGCCCCCCAAAGGGGUUGUAGGUUAUAAGGAAGAAGAAUUCAGCUGGACAAACUACCUGAAGUUAACAAAGGCUCAGGCAGCUCCUAAGCACCUCUUCAUGGUCCGAAACACUCACGAGGCUUCCCCAGGCUUCAAGGUGGGCAUGAAGCUUGAGGCUGUGGACCGCAUGAACCCUUCCCUGAUCUGUGUUGCCACAGUGACUGACGUGGUGGACAAUCGCUUUCUGGUGCACUUUGACAACUGGGAUGAUACUUAUGACUACUGGUGUGAUCCCAGCAGUCCAUAUAUCCACCCAGUUGGGUGGUGUCAUGAGCACGGCAAACCUCUCACACCUCCUCAAGAUUAUCCUGAUCCUGACAACUUCACCUGGGAAAAAUACCUGAAAGAAACUGGAGCAUCUGCUGUCCCAGCUUGGGCCUUUAAAGUGCGCCCACCCCAUGGCUUCCUGGUCAACAUGAAGCUGGAGGCGGUGGACAGAAGGACUCCUUCCUUCAUCCGAGUGGCUAGUGUGGAGGAUGUGGAAGAUCACAGGAUAAAGGUCCAUUUUGACGGCUGGAGCCAUAUGUAUGAUUUCUGGAUUGAUGCAGAUCAUCCAGACAUCCAUCCCAUGGGCUGGUGCUCAAAAACAGGACACCCAUUGCAGCCUCCUCUCAGGCCAAAGGAACCAGCCUCCUCUGCCCAUGGGGGCUGCCCAAGCCUGGGCUGCAAGAGCAUCCCUCACUCCAAGAGCUCCAAGUACAGCUUUCACCACAGGAAGUGCCCCACACCAGGCUGCGAUGGGUCAGGCCAUGUGACGGGGAGGUUCACAGCCCAUUACUGCCUCUCAGGGUGCCCCCUGGCAGAGAAGAACCAGGGCAGGCUGAAGGCUGACUUGUCUGACACCGAGGCCUCGACUCGCAAGAGGAGCCCCAUGGGUUUCCCUCAGCGAAAGAAAUCUCGGCACCACGGGAGAGGGAGACCUCCAAAGUACCGGAAGAUGCAGCAGGAAGACUUCCAGACUAUUUCUUCAGACAGUAUGCACCAGUCACUCUUCAUGUCUGCCCUGUCUGCCCACCCUGAUCGCUCCCUGUCCCUGUGCUGGGAGCAGCACUGCAAGCUGCUGCCAGGGGUGGCUGGCAUCACAGCAGCCACGGUGGCCAAGUGGACCAUUGAUGAGGUUUUUAGCUUUGUGCAGACUCUGACAGGUUGUGAGGACCAAGCCAAGCUCUUCAAGGAUGAGAUGAUCGAUGGCGAGGCGUUCCUCUUGCUGACGCAGGCUGACAUCGUCAAGAUUAUGAGUGUCAAGCUGGGCCCAGCACUCAAGAUCUACAAUGCCAUCCUCAUGUUCAAGAAUGCUGAUGACACCUUAAAGUGACUUCUCUUGGCCCAGCUGGGACCCUCCCUCAUCACUGGUG